AUGGUCACUAAACGAACACAAUUGGUAUCGUCGAUGCUAUCAAUAGAUAGAAUUGAUGAGAAUGUGUACAGGUAGACUAAAUCUUAUGAAUCUAGGCCAAAAAGUUCUCAUUGCGAAACUACAGAUCGGAAGGCCCACACAUUGGUGGAAUUGUGGGAGAAAACCGUCUUUUUGGCGGUUACAUCGCUGCUCAAGUGUACGAUGCGGUCAGAAAAUAUAAGAAGAAAAUGUGCGACGUCGACGAGAGAUUGAUUUUCAGCAUGCAUUACAACUUUUUGGCAGCAGGCAAGUUUCCGGUUGAUUAGGUUGAAAUUGUGAUAGAUCACGUGAAAAUGUUCGACAUUUCAAGAGAUUUCCCAUUCAGGAGACCCUUUGAAGCAAAUUGACAUAAAAAUAAAGCGACUCUCGGACGUGUACGCCGUCGACAUCUACCACGAAAACAAGAAUAUCGGAUUGGCACAUGUGAAAGUAGGAUUUGUCCCUCCCUCAAUCCUCCCUUUCUCAUUUCUGCUAGUGUAGGUGGAUAAGAAGCUGAUGGAAAGUCCACCGUAUCCGGAAGGAGUCCCUGCACUCACAAGUAUUCCGCAUAUGGACAAAUUGCUUCAAAAUAUACCAGUCGGAACAUUGCGGCAAAGAUAUACGAGUUUGUUCAAGAACGUGGUGUUCGAGAUUCGACCGCAACAUAUUGUCACAAGUCCAGGUCCAGGAGACUAUCGGGUCAUUUACUAUGCUCGACUUGCUCCGGAUUGUAUUGGUAAGGAUUAAAUGCAUGUAUACUUGAAAAAAGUUGAACAUUUUCAGAUGUGGUCAAUGAAGACGGAGGAAUGGUGGCAGUUGUGGCUCUUUCUGACUUUUUUGUGAUGCAAUCAACGGGCAACGCGUUACUGGAAUCUGGAUUCCGUAUGGGAACGGGUGCUUCACUUCAUCACAAGAUAUACUUCCAUCAGGAACGUGUGGAGGUAAGGGGGAAAGGGAGGAAGUGAUGAAAGAUGAGAAUUACACACUGACUGCGAGAGGAACGCGAAAAACUUUGCCAUACUCUUUUUUCAUUUUUUUUAAAGAAAAAAAUGUUCAAAGAAGCAUUCGGGGUAGCUAAAUCUAUUGCCCGGCCCAAAAUUUUGCAAGCCUGGUUCACUUUGUUCAAAAAAUCCAAAGUACUACGGCAUAUGUAGAAAGAUUGAAGUACUCUUUAUGUUUUCAGUCAACAGUAACAAAUUUUGCACUGAAUUCAAAGUUAAUUCAAAACUAGUCGACAUUACACACAAAAUGUAAAGUGAUACGUCUAUUUUCAUCUGCAAAAACAGCAAACUUUCUGAUCAUAAACACUUUUUACUUGCAGGCUAUCCAAUGGUUCCUCGUGGAGACGCGAACUGAAAUCGCCACUGGAAACAAGGCGAAAAUCUUUGGUGCCGUGUUUGAUAGCAACAAAAACUGUGUGGUUUCCUUUAUUCAAGAAGCUUACGUUGUUCCGAAGGAACUCAACCCCAAUGCUAAAUUGUAA